GGGUAAAUGGGAUUUUUUAGCUACCUAAGUUGCUUUCAAAACUGUGGUGUGGAUGGUUGUUUGUCUCUGUGUAUGUGCCCUGCGACUGGCUGGUGACCAGUUCAGGGUCUAUUCUGCCUUUCGCCCCCGGUGGAAAAGCAGUACUUUCCUUUUAGCUUCCUUUUAGCUCCUUUUCUCACUUCAACUGCCCCCAAGAUGUCGCAAAAUGGCGGCAAAGGAAUAUGUUAAUGAGGCAGGACUUGAGCUAAUUCACAUCUAUUUAUAAAAAAAAAGAACAAGUGGGGAAUUGGUAAAUAUACUGUGAAACCACGGAGACUGCUGAAAUGCGCUGAAAGAAUGAGUUCAUCUCAAAUUACUCACAAUUACCACAAUUACCCUUGGUGUGAAAUCCUCUUGGGUGAACGAGGCUGAACAAAAGUGUAACGUGUUCCGUUAAAUGAAUGGGGAAAAAAGUUAGAUCAUUUGUAAGAUAUAUGAUUUGUAGGAAAUAAAUAAUAAAUUUGGACCCCUGAAAUGAAAUUGGAUAAUUUAAUGAUCUCUUGUUCCACACUGACAAGUCACUGUACAGUGGUUGUAAAAUAGCCUACUCCUUUAGAAUGUUCAUUUUCAAGGUCACUAUCCUACUGCUAUAAAUGUAUUGUGUUUUCAUUUAUUAUUUAUAGCACUUGUGUCCAUGACUUUUAUUGCACUGUCGUAUGUCAGCUGUCACUUGGUCAGCAGAUUGCUGUGAAGCCAUCUUGCAUGCCUUGUGUGUGUGUUUGUGUUUCUAUGAUGUUUAUAGCCUAUGCUGGGUUAAAAACAUUCCCUUCCCAAAAUUUGAGCUCAUACACUUCUCGCGUCAUAUCUAUUUAGAGCUUCCCUGUGGUGGGUCUCACAUUAUCACCAUCUCGCUCCAAAGCUCAAAUACUGUGACAUCCAGCACAAGUGAUCACAAGCCACUCCUUGGAGAAAAACCGAUGGAAUUAUGUGGGGACUUUGCCGGAUGGUCAACUGUUUUUGGUUGAAAAGUUGAGUUCUCGGCAAAAUGGUUUCACCUGAUUCCUCAAGUCCAUCUCCUUCCUGCUCAGAUGACAAGACACUUGAUGGGACGCCGGCUUCCUUUCGGUACACAUCUCACAGGACAAAGCAGGGUGGGAUCGACAGCUUGUGCUACGUGUUCAGUGUGGGAUGGCACCAUCUGAGGCCCUUCAUCCCAUUCUUCCUCAUUUGCUUCCUGGUGGUGGCCCUAGUCUACCUCAUGCAGGCCAUUAUCUUCGGGGGCCCAUUCAAAGACCCACAUUUCUUUGUCAAGUUUAACCAGCGCUGGCCCAGGCCGACUCCAAGCCAACCGGAUAAACUUUCCACGAAUUAGUAUGCUCUCGCUGGCAGCGUCUCCUCACAGUGGACUGGCAUGGAUGGAUUAUGAAUUGAAUAUCAGCAGGGAAGACUACAUCAUUGUGUUGUUUAUGCUAUUUAUUCACUUGUGUCUUUCCUGUCAUUUUUAGCAUGAUACUAUGAGGGAGGCAAAGUAUGCUUAACAUUUUUUGGUGUAGUUACCACCCUGUGCAAAAGAGUUCCACUUUAAUAUUACCUUUGGGCUGUUACAGCUUUUUUUUUUUUUUUUUUUUUUUUUUUUUUUUUUUUUUUUUAAGUAAUUUUUCUUAGUGGUCAAACAAAAGAAAGAAAAAUGAAGAAGCUUGUUUUCUCUGUAUAUUUCAAAGGUUUGGGGACAUUCUGGUUUUGAUACAUAUUGCAAAAAAUGGAAACACUAACAUGGUAGCGCAUACAUCUUCAUCUCAUAUGUGUAGUUUGCAAAAACUUGUUCUACAAUAACACUAUCAUAGAUGUUAAAUGAUUUAUUUGAAAAAAUGGUCAACCAAAGAUGGCAUUAGAUACUGAAAACUGGUAACUAUUUGAUUUCAUGCAUUACAUGCAUUACUGUCUGGUUGAUGCGGUAGUUAUUAAUCACACAUAAUUGGCGUAAUUUUUGUGAGCAUUCCAUAAUCUAACAGUCUUUUAUUGCAGGCAUGAAUAUUUUUAAUAUAUCAUUCCUUUCCAAUGAGAUUUUUUUAAUAUGGAAAACUAAAGAAAAUCGCAAAAUAAAGAGGUUCCUUUCAUUGUGACAAUAUGUUGCCUGGAAUGUACUAUGUUGAAUAUUCCUACUUUUCUCUAAAGAUUAAGUGGAGUUUUCCUUUUUUUUUUGUGAAGUUUGUGUUGGAGACUUCCGUUUCACACAGGAACUGUACACUUGACUGUGUAAUUUAGUGUUGUCUAUUUUUGACUUAUUUCGUAUUUUUGAGCAAUUCCGUUUGAUAAAAAAUGAGGUUUUGUGAUUAAUAUGGACACCUCGACAACCUUAAGGCGAAAGGUUUGAAAAGGAAGCCUGAACAGUCUUGUUUCUAGCACGAUCAACAAACUUUGUCAUCUUUGAUUUGCCUUAUCGUUUGUACGAUACUAUCACCCAGUGGUCAAGAUGAAAACUACACCAAAAACGACCGCGGAUAACUACGAUGACGUCAUCAAAACGAACUUGAUGGGGAGAUGUGGUGCUACCGAAAGCCCGGAUUUGAAGCCCUCCUCGUGGCGGAGUUGCAGAGACAGCAACAGCAGCGACAGUUCUGUGACACUCUGCUGCGGGCAAAUGGUGUUUCAGUGCCAGCCCACAGCUGUGUCCUUUCGGCCAUCAGCCCUCAGCUGUCCAAUGCUCUGUCCUCCUCAUCGGCGCCUCCAGCUGGACAAGAGCAUAUGGUGGAAUUUGGGACAGUCUGCGCCAGCUCUCUCCUUCAUGUGGUCAGCCUGCUGUACUCAGGGGAGAUGGCUGGGGAGGGGGAGCGCGAGAAGCAGGAGGCAGUGUCGGCAGCAGCCAAGUUGGGCAUCCUGGGGCUGGUGGAGGUCACACGGAGACAGUGGCAAAGCGGCGUGGGCAUUGAGGUGGGUGUACAGACUGAUCCAGCGGAGCUCCAUGAGAAGGAAGUCUCCAGCUUGAGGCAGGAGGUGAGUGACGGCAGCGCUAUUCUGGGGGAAGAGACGCUUCCAAGUGGCAAAAAAAACGCGCUGACUGAGACAGAAGAGAUGCAAGCGAGCUCCAUCCCCUCUUGUCAGUCCGUGGCUACCUAUGAGACCAUUGACGUGGCUCAGUUUGAGAGUUUAGGACUGGUCGACAAUCAUGAUGUCCAACUAAGUGUUCCAACUCCCCUCAUCUACUUGCUAAAUGAAGCCGAAAAACUUCAAACUUUCUCUGAGACCAAAUACCCGGACAGCCCGUGGACUGCAGAGUCGCUGAGCUUGUUCAGCAACCGUCAGGCAGAAUCCAUAGUUUUAGAGGCUGAAGGAGCUGAAGACAAUCAGUUUGAGCAGUAUCAAGAUGACAUCCCAGGAUUCAUCAGCCACUUUUUAAAUGCGGGGUCCGAGGAGGCCUCGCACACGGGGCGUGCUAGUAGGAAGCCGCGUGGCCGGCCCAGGCGGCGAGAUGGAGCCGAGAGACCAGCACGGAGACCGCAAGCUCGCAAAAGAGGGAGGGGGAGGGGGAGAGGUGGGUGGAUGCAGACGGUGGAUGUGCAAGAAGUGGGCGUGAGCAAGAGGCACAAGUCGCUCCUGCAGAGGUGCGGGAAGGCGACCGCUAUGAGGACAGGCCAGGGGGGAGGAGCCACAGGCAGCAAAUUGUACCUACAGACUCGCCACCUUUUAGCAUGGAGCCACCCCCAAAGACGACAAAGGCAGCCCAAGGAAUGGGACUUUUGCCUAAGUGGACAAAGUCAAAGCUGGAAGGGAGGAGGAAACGACGUGACGCGUGGCAGGAGGAACAAAACACUGCAGGAUACACAGGUGUCACACACUGCCCUAUGUCCUGCACCUCCACCUCGUGUGGACCCGCCAGACCACUUAGAUUGUCUCUUUGAGGAAGUGACGAGGGAAAUGGAUGGCAAAUUGUGCAGCAGCACUCCAUGCUGCCAGCCACCUGCAGCAGUCCAAAAUUGCAGUUGCACCAGUGGUGGCAACACUCACUGUCAUGCGCAAGCAUGUAGUCACGGCUUCACAGAGGUUGUCGCUACGGGACGAGCAAACGGCGAGGUGGUCCAUCUGGAGCCGCAGGUGGACGUUGAUCUUGUAACUAUGCUGGAUGACUUCCUGCAGUCCUUGGAGCAACACGGUAGCAACUGUGUUGGAAUGGAGGCACAAGAAGAGCAAGGUGGCAGUCGCUGUCCCAGCUCACGGCAUAAACAACCGGUAACAAGGUCCUCACACUACAACACGCGAAGAGCAAGUACUCUCAAUGCCACCAAGAGAGUUAAAACUGCAAGAAAACGCAGAAAAAAGAAACGGCUUCCUGCAAAAGCAAAGGAACGGAUCCAUGAGUCAGUGAGGGACAUGACUCAAAGAAGUGAUGUUGGAGGAGAUAAAAGGGUACGGUGCUUGCCCGUGAUGCAACUAAGUACGUGUAACGCUCUGAAUCCUGUCAGCUAUCAGGAAGUCAAGGGGCUCAACUAA